CAAGCGACGAUUCUCAAAGCUUGACGAAAAACUAUUCGCCGAGAAUCGCACCGCGUGAACGGGGGCUGAGGUACUCCCGAAGCUCCGAUUGCAGUGACUUUGGUGACAUUUGCAUAACAACGAACCAGUCCAAUCGCGGGAAAAUGUACCUCAGCGACGGCGACAUCGCCGACCAGUCCAUUGACACGUUGAUCGAAGACGAGGAGUACGAGAUGGAUGGGCCGGAGCGGGAAGCCCUGGAGAACGUCCUGGAGUUCGCAGGCGCCGUCUGCAAUCUGGAAGGCUACCGGAAGCACUGUCACAGCAUCAAACGUCGGAUUGUGGCCCGUAAUCUCGAGGGCGUUCACGGGUCUUCUCGCGAUACAGAGUUUACGAAACUGAGCUCCAUCAAAGAGGUGCACGGCUCCGGCGGGCCCACGCGAGAUCCUACACUGUCUGAGAAAGAUGGGGCUCCCUGCAAAGCGACACAUCUUAGGAAAAGCGGCCAUGGCUCAAAGGUCACGCAGCAGGACGCCUUUCCUGUCCACGGGAGUAAGGAGGUUCCCCAUUGUCGAUCGGGUCACGCCAAAGGGGGCACAAGAAGUCGCAGUCAAUCCUUCAAGUCUGCCAAACGAGUUUCGUUUCGACUCAGGCAUGAGCGGUAAGACAAAGAUAAUAGACGUUGUUUUUUUUGUUUUUGUUUUUAUUGGCCGUUGUUUGUUUUUUUUCUAUUUUGUUGUUCACGUUCUUCAUAAUCCCCCUCUCUUUUUCCUCUUUUAUGCUCUAUUUCUUUCUCUAUUUCAUUUUUUCUCUAUGUCUGUAAGUCUCCUUACACGUCUAGUCUAUCAGCUGUGCUUAUUUCUUCCAUUUUGCUUGGGCCCCCAUCCGCCUUUGUUUUAUUCCUACAUCCAGGCUGCUCCAUCGGUUCCCCGUCUGCCUUUGUUUUACUCAUACAUCCAGGCUGCUCCAUCGGUUCCCCAUCUGUCUUUGCCCCCCCCCCCCUUGUUUCUAUUCUGGGAAUGUUGACCCAACCCAUUCCUUUCUCGUGUCAUUCCCAUCCCGUUUCACCAUUAGCCGUAAUGCUGCUUUAAGCACAGCAAACAGCCGCCAUUAGACUUUAAUAGACAGCAAUUAUCCUUAUUUGAAGCUACGCCUGUACUCUCUUUCGUUGUGGUCAAGAGCAAUAUUUACCUGUUGAAUUACAUAAUUUUGUUUGACCUUGGAUCAUGGCGAAAACGCGACUUAAAAUAUAACAUUUCGUCAAUAUUUGAUUUUAGUUUCACCAGUCUGUGGUGGAUGCGCCAGUUGAAUCAAGCCGGCUGUAUCACGUCGGCUGUAUCACGUCGGCUGUAUCACGUCGGCUGUAUCACGCCGGCUGUAUCACGCCGGCUGUUUCAUGCCGGCUGUAUCACGCCGGCUGUAACAUGCCGUUUGUAUCACGUCGGCUGUAUCACGCCGGCUGUAUCACGCCGGCUGUUUCAUGCCGGCUGUAUCACGUCGGCUGUAUCACGCCGGCUGUAUCACGCCGGCUGUUUCAUGCCGGCUGUAUCACGUCGGCUGUAACAUGCCGUUUGUAUCACGUCGGCUGUAUCAUGCCGGCUGUAUCACGUCGGCUGUAUCACGUCGGCUGUAUCAUGCCGGCUAUAUCACACCGGGAUGCGUAGUCUUGCAAUUAUUAUCCUAAUAAUACUAAUAUAAAUAAAAACAUGAGCAAAAAUUAAAAAUCUUGACACUGCCAUUUUGUCUUGCUUUUGGGUGAAUCACUAAUCAAAAUAUACAAUUGGAAGAUCGUCAUGCCGUUGAUUGUUAUACAUAUUGAUUGUAAAACUAAUUUUAUGUUGUUUUUUUUCUUUUUUGUGUGAGAGGUCGAACGAACCUUACAUAGGGUCGCCUAAGACCAUCGGAAAACACAUAUUCAUGAAGUAGCAACGACAAUAAUUUUAUAGUUGGGGGGUCACUAAAUUUUUAGGAACUUUAUUAAGAGGUCCUGGCAUUAGGUAAGUUGAGAACCACUGCUUUAAUAUAAUUUAAUAAAGGCCCAGAAGUAACAAUUAUUUCUCUUUCGACUGAUGUCAAUUAAAAAAAAAAAAUAUUUACAAACAAUAAAGAGUACUUAAUUUAUUUACGUUUGGGUGUUAUUUUGUUCCCUUAUAGCUUGUUCCUUGAUAGCCAGUUGGGUGAAUAAUUAAAAUCACAGUAUCGUUGAAUCCCCAGCAAAAACAAAGGAAAACAGGUGCGGGGGUGGGGAGGGGGGGGGGCUAGGGAUUCGUAGCUAAUAUUUUAACAAAGCCCCGUGUUGUAAUAUAGACUUUGUCUUGGCCUAUCUUUACACUUUAAGGUAAAUAUAUUUUUAGCCACCACCAUUUGUCGUCCCCCCCCCCCUCCCGUAUGACCUUGAUAUUGUUGUUACCGAAUAAAUUUAAAUGUGCUGUGUGAUCCAUUACUCACUCUCCCUUAAUUAGGAAACACGUUGUUUACGUUCGACUUUCUCUUGUUUAUUGGAAAGAAUGCCAUCAGGUGACGCAUUUUCGUCACGUAUUGUUAAUUCUAGGAGCCAAAUCUUCAAUCAGAUUAAAUCCUCAAAACCAUAUAAUGGUACGUAACAUCCCAUAAAUAACUAAGUGAAGCAAAUAACUACAGCAGAAUGAGCCUGUGUUCAUUUUGUCCACGUUGUUUUUGAAAUGACGCGGUGCAAAGAGGAUGGAUUAAUCUUUACGAGUCGAUGAAUCUAUAGACCACUCUGUGAGGGUAUAGGUCGUGUUUAUAGGGCCAGUGGGUGAGCCCUAUCGAUUGGACGUCAAUCUGACUAGAGCACACAGUGUGUAGACGUGUGCCGUCAAAAAGGGCAGUCUGUGGGUGGUCAGCUACAGUGUGUAGACGUGUGCCAUCAAAGGGGCUGUCUGUGGGUGGUCAGCUACAGUGUGUAGACGUGUGCCAUCAAAGAGGAAGUCUUUGGGUGAUCAGCUACAGUGUGUAGACGUGUGCCAUCAAAAAGGAAGUCUUUGGGUGAUCAGCUACAGUGUGUAGACGUGUGCCAUCAAAGAGGAAGUCUUUGGGUGAUCAGCUACAGUGUGUAGACGUGUGCCAUCAAAGAGGAAGUCUUUGGGUGAUCAGCUACAGUGUGUAGACGUGUGCCAUCAAAGGGGCUGUCAGUGGGAGGUCAGCUACAGUGUGUAGACCUGUACCAUCAAAGGUGAAAUUUAUGAAUGGUCAGCUACAGUGUGUAGACGUGUGCCAUCAAAGGGGAAGUCUAUAAAUGGUCAGCUACAGUGUGUAGACGUGUGCCAUUAAAGAGCCAGUCAGCCUCAAAAGAUAUAAUGACUUGAGCCCCACUCCCCAAUCAAUAGUUAUAAUACAUUGCCAAUAUACAAUUCAAAAUUGGAACGUUAUCAGACACAAAGCAAUAUAUAAUGAUUGUCUGUUCAUUUUAAAGUUUCGUUUGAAGUAUAUAACAUAUAUAAAACCUUCUAGUCAAAUAUGUUAAAAAUAAGUGUUACUAUAAUCGAUUUCAACUGAAUUUUCCUAACAUGACUGUCGUAUCAUUAUAUAUAUUAAAAAAAAAAUCGCUAUACAUCUCACACCUUUAUUUCAUGAUAGCAUAAUCUCACCAGGCUGUUCACGACACUUGGGCAAAGACAAUAGACACGGUAAAGAAACUAAGCGUUUAUGAACAUUCAAUCUUUGGCCUUUGGUUUUUGCAAACCAUCACCAUUCUGUUAUAUUAAAUUAAUAUUUUUUUUUUUUAAAUCCCCCAGUUCAUAUAAUGUUAGGGUUGUUUUCCGAUCAUCUCUUAGGCCAAUAUUGACCCCACUAUUGAUCCCAGUAACACGUCGUUGACGUGACCACGACAUGAUCCCGCCGGCCGUUACUCCAAUCAGCAGCAGCUCAAAUACCGCGCGUGGUGUGCACGAGCCGGGCGCCGUGUUUAGUUAUGGCGAUCAUUUCCCGCUGCGGUGCACCGUUAAUUAGACUAAUGGCCCCGUAUCGAUUGUGUAUGUGUUAAUGAUGCCCCGCAUGGCUGGAACUUGAAAGGCAGCUCACCUGGAUAUAUGAUAUCAAUAUGUCUCGAAUUAUUAACACCAUGAGGGGGCGCAUCCUAGAAAAUUAGACGAAACGGUGGGGGGGGGGGGGGGGUGCUGUAGAGGCGCACGAAGGGAUGGGGAAAGGGGUCAUCCGCCUAAGGUGUUUUAUUAAGCUGGCGUCAAAAUUAUUAUUUUUUUCUUGCAAAAUAUGGGUAUUUACUUUAGACUUUAAACUAUCUUGAAACGAUGGUGCCAAAGGCAUGGCUGUCCUGGCCCACGGAUGCAGUGUUUGGGUGCCAUGUCAUCUCAUCAAGGCUAAAAGCGCAAACAUUUCUGAAUUUGUGGCGUUGGUGAUAUCUUCACCCUUAGCUCACGACGAUCAACUCCAUCUCACAAAGUUUUCAUCUCGAGCUCUGCUUUGGUUCCCACUUAGAUAUAAUUAUAUCAUAUGCACGCGAGACAGAGAAGUGAACCCGCUUCCUUCAGAUUGUGUUGGGAAAACUUCGGAACUAUCAUUUGGUUUCGUAGCACAGUCUGUAAGGUAUCUAAAAAAGGUUUGAACAGAAAAAAAAAUAUUUAAAAACUCAAAGAGCGUAUUGCCUUGUGGUCUCCAACGCUGAAGGCUGGUCAUUGUGCCUGGUGUUUGAGAGUACACAAAUCAAAUCUGCAACUUUGACUGUAGAUGAACUGUACGGGGGUACACCACCGCUAGCCUGUCGUGCAAGAGAAAGGAAAGGAUGCCUGCCAAUUAAAAGUCUCCCACGGGAGACAGCAGCCCACGUGUGUGUUGCAAGGGAGACCGUGCCAGUUUCAUUGCGGUUGGGUAUAGAUAAAAGGCCGGUCUAUUCUCUAGUCCGGGACACUCGCCAUCACGGUCUGACUCUGACUUGUACCUUGGGGGCGAUACUCGAAACUGUGUUUGACCGUGUUGCGUUUAGCGGUGUUAUGUAAAGCGUUGUUGUGUUUAGCAGUGUUGUGUUGACGUUACUGUACCUCGGAGAAUAACGCAAAUACACAUCAGCGUAGUUGGAUGGCUGAGGUUAUUUGACGACCAUGCAUUUCCUUUGGAUGUAUUUUGGAUGUUGAGUCCUUGGUUUACGGUUUCAUUCUUGAAGUGUAUACAAUGCGUUCUCGUAAGACCUAAGGUUUGUCAUUUUGCAAUUGUUUGCUGUAGAUUCCUCGUGAUAUAUUACAGACGCUAGCGAUGUAUUAUAGAUCAGGGGUCUCAAACCCGUGAGCCAUUUGCGGCCCGAAAGACGAUAUUUUGCGGCCCGCUACUUGAAAGCAAAGUUUAGUGUUAAUGCGGACCGCGCGAUUUCCCCAUUCUGAUAUCUGUGAUGUGACUCUCCGCGAUGGAUUCAGUCGAAUCUCACCGACUAGUCUAAUUCUGAUCUUUAUUAUGUUUGUAUAUAUGUUUGUGUAUAAGGGUAUUGUCGUUUAUGAAGGGCAUUGUCUUGUUAAAGGGCAUUGUCACACGUGUGUGCAUGGUAUUAUAUUGUUUGAAGGAUAUUGUCUUGUGUGAAGGACAUUUUUGUGUUUAAGGGGCAUUGUCGUGUAUUAAGGGUGUUAAGUGUAAAGGGCAUCGUCGUGUAUUAAGGGUGUUAUGUGUAAAGGGCAUUUACGUGUGUUAGGAGUAUUAUGUGUGAGGGGCAUUGUCUUGUGUGUUAAGGGUAUUGUAGUUUGGAAAGUGUAUUGUCGUUUGCGAACGUUUUUUCCCAGGUUCAUUCUCUGCAAACCAUCGCCAUGGAAUUGUACAGUCCCAGUCCUAAGAUCAUCAGAGUCACGUAGACAGAACAAUCUGAGAACCUGUAACCUGUUUGCAGAGGCCAUAACAGGACCGUGUGAGGGAAACUGUCACUUUAUUAGUUACCUAUGAUACAGUUACUGAAUGAUGUCUCACAUGCCGGCAUUGCCCGCCAUGCUCAGCGUUGUCCACCAUGCCCGGUGUUAUAACCUCCCGUUGCUGGAUGCCCCGUGCAAAUAUAUCGUUAGCAUCAGGGACCAAUGCAUGCUGUGCCUGCAUCCAUAGCACAGCGUGUUCCAUACUGCAUUAUUAAUGAUAUCGGUGAUGUGCUGGGUUUUAGGCUGCUAAGAAGGUCCACAAAGAGUUGUAUAGCUACGUCCUCUAUGUGUGUUAGAGUGUCCCGAACGUUGUAACGCUUUGCUCCAUCCGUCUGACAGCUGAUGCGAGGGACACUAUGCAAUCCACCAAUUAAAAAAAAACUUCCUAGCAAAUUGUAUAAAUGAGUGUUUGAAUCGAAAAAUAGUGACUUACUUAUUCGUGUAUUAACUGUAUAGAAAAGCAAAAAUGCUAUGUUUGAAUGUUAAAAGUAUUUCAUUAUUCAACUAGAGGAGUUGCUACCGUGGCUGGGGAUGGGUGGGUAUGGAGAAAACCCAGACCUGUACGACAGCAACCUGAAAUAGCAGUGAUGGCGAUUCAGCUCUUCAUUAGCUAACAGGUUAUAUAAAUGCGCCCCGUCUGCUUGAUUUUGAAUAAAUAUUUAAAAAAACAAUUAAACAACCCCUUAUAACAAAGUUGUUUGUACAAAUCGUUUAUAAAAGUUAAUAUCGAUCAAUUUGGGGUUGGGGCUUAAAAUUUGACAAAACAUGGAUUCAAGGAACGCUCUUUAUAAGAAUCCCACUUAGUGCUCCCCAUGGUCAUCAAAGUUCCUUCAUCUUCUCCUUGAAAAAACAGGUAAAACGGAUUUUUUGGGGGUUGGGGCUGAAAAUUUGACAGUAUGUGUUGACAUCAGCAUCGAGUCUUUGUGCCAAGUUUCAGCUCGAUAGGUUGACGGGAAGUGGGUCAAUUAGCCGUCCGAAGAUAUUGCCACCCACGAACAAAAGCGAAGAUAAUAUAAGGGAUUUAAUAACAGGAAAGUAGAGACAACAAAUAAAAACAGGAAAAUAAAGACAACAAAAACAAUCCCCCCCCCCCCCCAAACUAAUUUAUGAUAACUCACCUCUGCCAUCUACAGUUUGAGUAUCAUAAAAUAAACAAAUUAAGCAUGGGUGAUAACUGUAUUUAAAUGUACGCAUUUAACUAACAUGGCAACUAAUUAAUACCAGGGGUGUACGGGAAAUGAGACUUAAAAAAAAUAAAUAAAUUGCGAGUGGAUGCUAGGCGGCAAAAAAGUUAUUGAUGCAUGGAGAUGCGUUCUAGAUCUUAUCCCUUUUCAUUAUUAGGAUAUCCCACCCUUUCAGGAUCUGUCACAACACCCUACACGAAAACAAUGUCCCAGACUUUGUGAUUCGAUGUCGCACGGAUGUGUUGUGAUUCACCACGCAUGUAUUACGAUGUUCCGUAGAUGCGUUACGAUGCCCCGUAGGUGUGUUACGAUGUGCCGUAGAUGUGUUACGAUGUCCCGUAGAUGUGUUUCGGGGUGCCGUAGAUGUGUAGCAUUGUCCCAUAGAUGUGUAGCAUUGUCCCAUAGAUGUGUAGCAUUGGAUGGUAGAUGUGUUUACGACUUGACGUAGAUGUGUUGCUAUGUCUCCUAGAUGUGUUACGAUUUCCCGUAGAUGUGUUACGACGUGCCGUACAUGUGUAGCAUUGUCCCGUAGCUGUGUUUACAACGUGCGGUAGAUGUGUAGGAUUUCCCAUAGAUGCGUCGCGAUGUCCCUUAGAUGUGUUACGACGUGCCGUAGAUGUGUUGCAUUGUCCCGUAGAUGUGUUACGGUGUGCCGUACAUGUGUAGCAUUGUCCCGUAGAAAUGUAGCAUUGUGCCAUAGCUGUGUUUACCACGUGCGAUAGAUGUGUAGCAUGGAUCCAUAGAUGCGUACGAUGAACGUUAGAUAUGUAUACAACGUGCCGUAGAUGUGUUGCGGUAUUCCGUAGGUGUGUUGUCUAUCACCCCCCCCCAGCUGUGAUGUCGCCUUUAUUGAUCACAGCCUUGCGCCUGGAGGGAGAAGAGAGAAAAUUAUUAGCUUCUCUUUCUUCUCAGAGAAACUAUUUUCGGAUCCAACGGCGAACGAGGCUAAGUGGGGAACUAAGGAGAAUAGAUUUUUGGGGACAAAAUGGUGUGUUUGUGUGUGUGGGGGGGGGGGGGCUCGGGGAGAGAGUGCAAGUGUCUGAAUAAAUAAGACUGAAUCACUUAGUAGAUAAUUUAACGGCGACUUAGUUGCCACUGUCGACAUCUUUGUGCAUAUUCAGCCACGCCUACAAAACAUGUGGCUACACAUAGCCUUGCUUAGCUCCUAAAUAAAUGUAUAUUGCUGUGGUUCAUUAAGCCAAUGUCACAUCUAUGUCGUUAGGAUUGACGGCUGUUUUCUUUCAUCCAGCAUACGUUUGUAUGAUUGUCUAAUGUGCGUGAGGAGAUAACACCAGCCAAACGUCAAUAAAAAGUGGGCGGGGAAGCAGGUGAAACCCGCUGAGGGCUCGUUCACAAAUUACGUCACGCAAAAAAAAAGGACCUUUUCAACCCCCCCCCCCCCUCAAACCCCUUUUGUUUUUAAAUUGUCACGUCACACCUAAAAAUGUAUUAAUGAAUAAAGAUUUUUCAAAAUAAGAAAAUUUAAUUAAUUUGUAUGUGAGUGUGUGUGUGUGGGUGAUGUCAUAAAUUUGUACCACCCCCUCCCCCUUUCACAAAUUGUCACACAUUCUCGACCCACUCCCCCUUAAGCGUGACGUAAUAUGCGAAUGACUCCUAAGGUUGAUAUAUUUAAGGCGAUGUCCAUUGUCUAGAUGAGCAGAAAAUAGACGUUUUUAAUAGAUUAAAAAUAGAUUAUCUUAAGAAAUCCUAGGAAGUCACAAUUUUGAGAUGGGUGGGGGGAAUAUGCCAAUCUUAAUGUAUUUGUUUUUCUGUAGCUCAUUAUUUUUUCUGGCAUAUUUGAUGGACCCACCUAAAGUAGAAAGCUUCAACACACUACGACACUUAACUUUCUGUUCUUUCGUGUCAACAUUUUGUAAACGUAUUUGGUAAAGACGUGCAGCUUUUAGCCCGUUUGAUGUGGGGCUUUUUUUAGCCUGUUUGAUGUGGGGCUUUUAGCCCGUUUGAUGUGGGGCUUUUAGCCUGUUUGAUGUGGGGCUUUUUUUUUAGCUUGUUUGAUGUAAGGCUUUUAGCCUGUUUGAUGUGGGGCGUUUUCAUCCUGUUUGAUGUGGUGCUUUUUGUUUUUUUUUGUUUGUUUGAUGUGUGUCUUUUAUUCCGUUUGAUGUGGGGUUUUUAGUCUGUUUGAUGUGGGGUUUUUUUUUUAGCUUGUUUGAUGUAAGGCUUUUAGCCUGUUUGAUGUGGGGCUUUUUCAGCCUGUUUGAUGUGGGGCUUUUAGCCCGUUUGAUGUGGGGCUUUUAGCCCGUUUGAUGUGGGGCUUUUAGCCUGUUUGAUUUGGGACGGUUAGCCCGUUUGAUGUGGGGCUUUUAGCCUGUUUGAUUUGGGACGGUUAGCCCGUUUGAUGUGGGGCUUUUAGCCUGUUAGAUUUGGGACGGUUAGCCCGUUUGAUGUGGGGCUUUUAGCCUGUUUGAUUUGGGACGGUUAGCCCGUUUGAUGGGGGGCUUUUAACCAGUUUGAUGUGAGAUUCAUUCAUCAGAAUAUCUUAAAGAAACACGUCAUCCUUCUUUAAGACUUAUUUUUUGGUCGUAGUUUUCAGUGUGUUAUUUGAAAGGCGCCAAAGACAAUGAAUCAUAUACAUUGAUUGAUCACUGGCAUGCGUGCUUCGGAGACGCAGCUACAAAUAAGCUGGAGGUGACCUUUAGUUGCAAUGUGGGCACAGAAAAUGGCCGAGAGAACCAUUGCAUGCUUUAGCAAUUACCCUAAUUUCCAUAGAAAUAGACACAAGACUGGGCAGAAAGAAAAUAUAGGCUAAUUUAAUUGAAACAUUUUUUUCUAAUCUCAUGGAGGGCAGAGUACACAGGGGAUUAGCCCCCGACAGGCCAAUUCGCCGUCGGGUCUUUUCACCGCAAGCCGUUUCGCCGUCGGGCCUCUUCGCCAUCGGCCUUUUCGCUGCCAUGCUUUUUCGCUGCCGGCCGUCUCGCCGUAGGGCCUUUUCGCCGCCGGCCGUCUUGCCGUAGGGCCUCUUCGCAAUCGGCCGCUUCGCUGCCGGGCUUAUUCGCUGCCGGUCGUUUCGCAACCGGGCCUAUUCGCUGCCGGUCGUUUCCCAGACGGUUAUUUGGUGAAGUGGACCGGUGGCACAACGACGUGGCGAAUCGUGCUAGAUCCAUUACAUAAGCGAAUGCGAUACGUCCUCGCGUACCCUCACUAAUAGAUCUCCCAGAUGAGGAGCCCCUACGGUUGGAAUUUCAUUAGCCCCUUAUAAAAAAUAAAAAUAAUAAUAGUUUUUUUUUUUUUAAAUAAUUAAAACAGCGAUUCAAUCCUAAACUUAUCCCAUGUGCACACGGUGAACAGUUAUCCAAAUUAUAAACCCUUUCGUAUGCUUUGUUUUCACACAAUUGUGUAAACAUGUACAUUCUGAUUUUUUUUUUUUUUUUUACAUUCAACACAUUGGAAAAAUACCAUGCCGCCUAUGUGGCGAUAAUAUUAGUCUAAAACUGAGACGACAGUACUCAACGCUGAUUCAUCCAAACCCUUGUUCCACACAUACCCUAUUGCUGCCCUCAGACCUUAUUGUUCUACACAAAUGACACUCAGACCCCUUUGUUUCAAACAGUUCCUUUUACUCCAGUCAGACCCCCUGUUUCACACAGACCCUAUUGCUACACUCAGAUCAUCUUGUUUCACACAGACCCUAUUGCUCCACUCAGACCUUCUUGCUCCACACAAAUUGUAUUGGUCCACUCAAACUCCUUUGUUUCUCACAGACCCUAUUGCUCCACUCAGAUCCUCUUCUUUCACAAAGGCACUAUUGCUACACACUCAGACCCCCUGUUUCACACAGACCCUAUUGCUGCACUCAGAACCCCCUUUGCUCCACACAUACCCUAUUGCACCACUGAGACCCCCUUGUACCACUCAGACCCUAUUACACAGCUCAGACCCCCUUGUACCAAAAAGACCUUAUUGCUUCACUCAGACCCCUGGCUCUACAGGCCUCUUUGCUUCAGUCAUUCCCCCAGCUCCACAUAGCAUCUUUGCUUCAGUCAUUCCCCCAGCUCCACAUAGCAUCUUUGCUUCAGUCAUUCCCCCAGCUCCACAUAGCAUCUUUGCUUCAGUCAUUCCCCCAGCGCCACAUAGCAUCUUUGCUUCUGUCAUUCCCCCAGCUCCACAUAGCAUCUUUGCUUCAGUCAUUCCCCCAGAUCCACAUAGCAUCUUUGCUUCAGUCAUUCCCCCAGCUCCACAUAGCAUCUUUGCUUCAGUCCUUCCCCCAGCUCCACAUAGCAUCUUUGCUUCAGUCAUUCCCCCAGCUCCACAUAGCAUCUUUGCUUCAGUCAUUCCCCCAGCUCCACAUAGCAUCUUUGCUCCGCCAGCUGCCCCAAUGUUCCCAUGACCAGUGAAUUGGUUAAUUAUACUUUAUUUUGUUAAAGUGAUUCUGCAUUUGAAACCACCAGGUCAAUUAAAGACAUUGGCUUCUUUUGACAUUUUCUUCUUUUGACAUAUGCUUCUUUCGACAUUUGCUUCUUUUGACAGAUGCUUCUUUAGAUAUUUGCUUCUUUUCAUCAGAUGUCGCUUUUAUAAAUAUGUCUUAAUUUAAACGUCGCUUUUACAUCUUCAUCAUUUUCUAUCAAAUGUUGACACUAUUGCCUCAAUAAUACCUUAAAACAUUGCUCGUCUAACUAACGACACCAACACUGUCAUUGUCGACCUCAGUGAUACUAGCAUUGUCGACCUCAGUGAUACUGUCAUUGUCAUCAGAUAUACUAGCAUUGUCAUCAGUGAUACUAGCAUUGUCGACCUCAGUGAUACUAGCAUUGUCGACCCCAGUGAUACUAGCAUUGUCGACCUCAGUGAUACUAGCAUUGUCGACCUCAGUGAUACUAGCAUUGUCGACCUCAGUGAUACUAGCAUUGUCGACCUCAGUGAUACUAGCAUUGUCGACCUCAGUGAUACUAGCAUUGUCGACAUCAGUGAUACUAGCAUUGUCAUCAGUGAUACUAGCAUUGUCAUCAGUGAUACUAGCAUUGUCAUCAGUGAUACUAGCAUUGUCGACCUCAGUGAUACUAGCAUUGUCAUCAGUGAUACUAGCAUUGUCAUCAGUGAUACUAACAUUGUCGACCUCAGUGACGGAACCAUUAUUAUCUGAGCGACUAACAACCGCAACCUUCUCUUCCCCAGCAUGGAUGGUGCAGACCUGUGUUUUGAGAUUGUGAAGAGGGCGUCAUCAGGAUUCGUGUACAGCGAGGCAGUGGCCAGGUGAGUCAAUCAGUCCUUUUAGCACAGCGUGGCAGUGGCCAGGUGAGUCUAUCAGUCCUUUUAGCACAGCGCGGCAGUGGCCAGGUGAGUCAAUCAGUCCUUUUAGCACAGCGCGGCAGUGGCCAGGUGAGUCAAUCAGUCCUUUUAGCACAGCGAUGCAGUGGCCAGGUAAGACUAUCAGUCCUUUAGCACAGCGAUGCAGUGGCCAGGUGAGUCAAUCAGUCCUUUUAGCACAGCGAUGCCCAUGGCCAGGUAAGACUAUCAGUCCUUUUAGCACAGCGCGGCAGUGUCCAGGUGAGUCUAUCUGUUCUUUUAGCUCAGCGUGGCGGGGCCAGGCUCUAUUUCUGAAACCCAAAAGGCUUCAUCUUUGUCUCCCCCCCCCCCCAUUUUAUUCCCCUUCUCUUUACAAUCUCUAUUUUAGCAUUACUCUCUUAUCCCCUGUCAACUCGAACAACAUAACAGUAGCCCUGAACCAGAGGUCAUCAAACUAUGUGUCACGGCGUCCUGGUGACCCCCCGGCUUCCUUUCAUGCCACGCCGUGAAGUGAAAGAAUAAAUUAUUAUUUUUUUCUUUUAAAUAAUAAUUUCGCGAUGCGCUUGUCAGAAUUUGUCAUAGGUCAGCUUGGGAAAAUCUGGAUACAGCAAAGGCGUCGGGACUCGAAAAAGUUUGGGAACCUCUGCUUUAAAACAGUAACAAUGAACUCACAUAUCGAUGGAAGCUCCUGAAAUGGAGAAGCUUGGAUGACGCAGCAACCUUAUUUUGGAAUUUGUUUUAAAAAAAAAAAAAAAACAAGAAAAAAUCCUCCGCGUGUUUUUUUGUAAAAGUGUGUCGUCCCCGUGUCCCCCCCCCCCCCCCACCCCUCUCCCCCAAAUCAGUAAUCGCUUCCCGUCCUGUACCUUUCAAACCGGUUGCGUCCGAUCGAUUUGAUUACAUAAAGUUAUACAUCUGUUAUUUCCUCUUUGCCUCAAAAUGGGACGUAACUCUGAAUGUACUGGCGCAAUCGUGAUGGUUUAAUCUCGAUGCCAGACUCGUUAUUGGAAGUCGCGUCAGGUAAUCGGAUCUCGCGGAUCCCGCGAGACAGUCGCGGGCAAUUACCGUGGCUCUAAAUGAAUACUGGGUCUUCAUUGAAUAUUCGAUUAUGCUCGGUAGUUCCGGUCUUUUUUUACGUGGACCGCCUUAAAAAAUUUAUAUUUUUUUCAUUUUAAAAUCUUCUCAAUGUCUGAUGUUUGGCCGUGUGUUCGCUGGACAUGUUUGGUCCUAAGAAUACUUUGAAUCGUCAAUUUUUAGAUUGUUUAUGCCGAGGAAAAAAAAAUAAUGACUAACUCUGUCUGGGUUUUGGCAGUAUUCCAUUAGGUUUAUGUUAUUGGGCUUAGGUAGUUUAGGUCUAACUAAAAAAUCUGAAAUAAUAUAUGCAUAUAUUUAUAUAAUGGAAGAAAUGUGUUUAUAUGUGUCAGCGUUAACAAUUGGUGUCAUGACUUUGUAGCCCCACCCCCAGCCCCCACACACAGUCUCGCACGUAUUUGUUCUUCGUUUCUACCAAUGACUUGGUCGUGUUGGCUACAAAUCUUCAAGUCAGCACACACGAAAACGCUCCGCCUCCAAAAAAAAAAAAAAAUUUAAAUCAAUGACUGACCCCAGAGUAGAGUCCUUCAAAUAAUUGCGUCAUCAGACAGAUCAGGCUCUUUAUUUAUUCACAGAUGGUAAAUAGCGAUGUUAUCCCAGGGGUGAGGGGAAUGUAUUUUCAGCAUCGCGCGCUAGUCUGUGUUUGAAAAUGUUUAAUAAACCCAAGCUUUCCGAUUAAAUCCAACUGAUUCGGCCUGACUCAUCAAAGUCAGGAGGUUCGUUUACCACUUCAUCUGCGUCAUUAGCCAAACACAUUACGCUUAAAUGUGUCGCUACGAAAUUAGCUAUUUUUUGCACAAGCACUUUUUCAUUGGCGUACAAGUGCCCUGGUCUCAUUGGAACAUAGUCUGGGUACUUUACCAGCUUCCCAAUUUUCAGAGUAUUCAUUAAUUUUUUUUUUAAAAUUUACUUCGGUGGAUCGUGGUGGAAAAAAUAUGAAUUUGUAUUACUGUUAAAAUUUAAAAAAAAAAAAAAGAGUUUAAUAUUAUUUUUUUUUAAAAAGAGAUUCUCUCAAAUAUGAAACUGACAUUUCCCUUUCUGGUUGCAGUUAAUAUUGGAACAUAGUCUGGGUACUUUACCAGCUUCUCAAUUUUCAGAGUAUUUAUUAAUUUUUUUUUUAAAAUUUACUUCGGUGGAUCGUGGUGGAAAAAAUAUGAAUUUGUAUUACUGUUAAAAUUUAAAAAAAAAAAAAGAGUUUAAUAUUAUUUUUUUUUAAAGAGAGAUUCUCUCAAAUAUGAAACUGACAUUUCCCUUUCUGGUUGCAGUUAAAGAUAUCAUUUCUAAUUUUAUUUGUAAAACAAAGAGCUCAGUCACAGGAGCAUUACAUAAUCGAAUGCAUAACUCUUACUUACAGCCACUACAUGAGACAAGUCCUGGAGGCCCUGCGGUACUGCCACACCAACAACAUCAUCCACAGAGACCUCAAGCCCCACUGUAUACUGCUGGCGUCCACCGAGAACUCCGCCCCUGUCAAGCUGGGGGGUUUCGGUGUGGCCACACAGCUGCCAGACGGUCAGCUUAUCACGUCAGGUGAACCUCUUUAGUUUCUUGGCUUAACUGUAAUGGGAACAAGUUGGGGUUCGAUGGUAAUGAUGUCCUCUCUAACUUACUUAGACAUAGAGGUAGGUCCGCAAAUGACUUAGACACAGAGGUAGGUCCGCAAAUGACUUAGACACAGAGGUAGGUCCGCAAAUGACUUAGACAUAGAGGUAGGUCCGCAAAUGAGUUUGACUUAGAAGUAGGUACGCAAAUGACAUACACUAAGGAGUAGGUCCGCAAAUGACUUAUACUAAGAAGUAGGUCCACAAAUAACUUAGACUUAGAAGUAGGUCCGCAAAUGACUUAGAAUUAGUUUUCCAAAUAACUUAGACUUAGAAGUUGGUCCACAAAUAACUUAGACUUAGAACUAGGUCCGCAAAUAACUUAUAAGUAGGUCCGCAAAGACUUUUUAGUAGAUCCGCUAAUGACUUAGACUUAGAAGUAGGUCUGUGAAUAAUUUAUAAGUAGGUCUGCUAAUGAUUUAGACUUAGAAGUAGGUCCGAAAAUGACUUAUAAAUAGGUCCGCUAAUGACUUAGAAGUAGGUCCGCAAAUGACUUAUAGAUAGGUCUACAAAUGACUUAGACUUAGAAGUAGGUCCGCAAAUGACUUAAAAGUAGUUUCACAAAUAACUUAGACUUAGAAGUAGGUCCGCAAAUGACUUAGACUUAGAAGUGGGUCUGAAAAUAAAUGACUUAAAAGUAGGUCAGCAAAUGACUUAGACGUAGGUCCGCAAAUUAAUUAGACGUAGAAGUAGGUCCGCAAAUGACUUUCACUCAGAAGGAGUUCCACAAAUGUCUUUAGAGUAGGUCGGUCAAUGACUUAGAAAUAGGUCCGCAAAUGACUUAUCGAGAGAUCAAGCAAAUUGAUGUCAGUUUAGUCACAAUUAUACAGUACGGGUUGAUGGUGACUGGUUUUUUUUAAGGGGAAGGGUUGGGGGCAGCGUGCAAUCAAUCAGAUGGCUAUGUACCAGCUAGUAGCCUCGCUCAUCCAUUGUGGGGAAAGUGUAUGUUUGAUGUAAAAGAGUGGCCUGGCCAUGGAUCAUUUGACCCCCUAUCCUACAUAUCCACGUCCUCAAGCAUCCUCUCAUGUACAAUAGCUUACGGGAAGUUGGUACAGUGUUGUUUGACUCAAUGAAAUAUUUCCUGAAUUUCUCCGUUCUGCUCGUUAUUUCCAGGUCGAGUGGGCACCCCCCAGUACAUGGCACCGGAAGUGAUAGAGAGGAGACCGUACGGGAAGCCCGUCGACAUGUGGGGCUGCGGGGUCCUGUUGUUUAUACUGCUGGGGGGCUACCCCCCUUUCUGUGGCACCAAAGAGAGAUUGUAUGAGAUAAUUGUCAAGGGCAGCUAUCCUGUGAGUUUAUAAAUAUUGAGUGCAUGUAUAAAUACAUGAUUUUAUAUAAAUAGUUAUUAUUUAUUAUUUCUUGUUUGUGUGCUCGUGUAUGUGUAGAGCGCCAUUGAACGGAGUAGUCUUUCAUAAGCACGGCGUAACCAAGUCCGGUUUAUUAGUCCCAAUAAAACAAUGUAUAAUAUCACAGGUUAUCGAAAGUGUCGCAUUUCAUUUUAUGGCUGGAAAUGUAAAUCACUGAGAAAAGAAGUGUAUCUAACUAUCAGAAGAAACAUAUUUGUCUUUUAGUUUUUUUAUAUUUUUUCUUCCUGGUUGCAAGGGAGGCAAUAAAUAAAACAGAAACCAAAUACAAAUAUUGAAGUAUCCUCCCUUUAUUUCAAAAACGGUUUCUUUCCAUGUUUAAUCUGAACUAUUUUUUAACUAAUUGUUUAUCUAAAGUUUAUGUCACAUAAUUUAAAACAUAAAACAAAAAUGUUGAAAAAUUGACAUUGAUUUUGGUUACUUUUUGUUUUCAAAACAAGUUAUUAGUGGACAGCUGGGUUUUUUUUUGUUUUUCUUUAGUGUGUGUUUGUCUUUCUGUGCUUGAAGAAUGUGUUCAUGUUAAAAAUCUGGUAAAUUCAAACAUGGAUUCAGAGGCGUAGCGAGGGUGUUUGGCGCCCGGGGACAAGAUUCGUGCCCGGGGACAAGAUCGAUUUUAAAGCGCACCCUUUUUUUUUUUUCAACUCUCAAACCCAUUUUUUUUACCAAUAAUAUAACAUCAAAGCACAUUUUGGCGCCCCUAACUAGCUGGCGCCCGGGGACAUCUGUCCCCCCCUGCCCCACCUGGCUACGCCUCUGCCUGGAUUUCAAUAACAUAUUUACAGUGUGUGUUUUAAUAAUGGAUGCACAUUGAAUAAUUUAUGCACAGGUUUGAUUGGUUUAGCUGUUUGUGAAUGUUUGAUUGGUUUAGGUGUUUGUGUAUGUUUGAUUGGUUUAGCUGUUUGUGUAUGGUGCAAUGUUUGGUUCUUUCUUGUUUCAGAUGAAGCCUAAACAGUGGGACCAGAUUUCAUCACAGGGGAAAGAUUUACUUUUUAGGCUCCUAGAAAAAGAUCCAGAGAAAAGAAUAACAGUAGAACAAGCCCUAGAGCAUACAUGGAUAAAGGUAAGUGGAUGACCGCAAAAAUGUAACAUCCAUAAAUAAAUGUAUUUGUUAAAUUAAGAAAGAGAAAAAAAAAAUUAAAUUCAUGGAUAAUGUUUUUUGGAUCAUAACAGAUCAGAAAUGACAUAUUUUUGAUAAAGGGAUUCUUUUAUCUGUCAAAUCAUAAAUUCAAGGAUAAUUCUAUUUGGGAACAACUGCUAGAACAAUUACUUAUGUGAAAUAAUGUAUUAAUGUUUUUACUGUGAACAAAGCAAUCUUUGACAAAAGAAAUAUGUUGAUCUUGAUAGAAUACAACAUAAUCCUUUGGCUAAUUUGAUAACAAACGUUACAACCAACUAACAUAAAAUUGCUUUUAAUAUCAUAAACAACAUGUUCGGCAUGGUCUUUAUCAGAAGGUCAGACAAAAUAUUAAAUUGUAGUUGAUUUAUGAAAAAUGUGAAAGGUCUUGAAAGAUAGAUUAAUUCAACAGCAGCCAUAGGUUUUAAUUCUCUAAUACUGAGAGUGCUUUGCAUUAUAGAUUUUUGUCUUGGAUAUUUACAUUAAAAAAAUUAGGAACAUUAAUUGGUUUGACCUGAUGUUUAAACUUGAUCCACAGAACAAGAAAGAUGUGCCCAGAGUCCACUUACAUGAAACUGUUGAUGAGCUUAAAAAAUUCAAUUCCAGGAGAAAGCUUAAAGUGAGUAAAGUGUCAAGGUUAAGCUUGGCAUGGUUAUUUGUCUGAUUGAUAAAUUGGCCACAUUCUGUGCAUGAAUAUAGGCCUGUGCCUCUUGAGUAUUGAAAAGGGGGAAAAGGGGGGGGGGGGCAUGUUAAAAACAUCAUGAGGAUGUGAUCGCAAGGGUCCCCCUCCAUCAUUAUAAAGUCAACCCCCACCCCCCCCCCCCCCCCCUGUCACAUUAUAAAACGCUGUGCACACCACCAAAGAGAAAGAGAGCAUGGGUUAAACUAGUUUGUGAAGCCUGGAUUUGGCUGAGGUCACCUCUUUGGUCAGUUACUAGAAUAGCCACGUGUAUGGAACUGCAGUAAAUCUUUUUUUUUUUGGUCAAGUUGUUGUGGAAAAUUAUUUUUGUUUAGCUGGAACACUUUUAAAUUGUUGUUCUAUUUGCUUUUGAGGCUUGUUUGCUUUUAUCAUUAGCUGAUAAUACAUUUUUUAAAACACAGUCACUGUUUUUUUAUUGUAACAUCUUUCCAACAGGGUGCUAUUAUGGCGGCUGUAGCAAGUCCGAAGUGGACCAGUUUUUACAAUGACCCCUCCCCGCCAGACGAUGAUGAUGUAACAUCUGCUGGUAAGGGGAAAGAACUGGCCGAUUGUUUGCCAGGGAGACAGAGGGUGUCUUAAAUAAAUGAUUUCUAACAAUUUUUUUUUAGACCCAGACCUCACUGUCUCCUUGACCUCUUAGACCAUUAGAUGUUGUUGAAACCACUUCCCUGGAAUCUUGUCAUAUUUCACCUGACCACCUCCCAAUCCCCACUCUACACACAUCCCUGUCUAAUCUGUAGAGGAUGCUUCCACAAGAGACUUCAUUAGUAAUCAUGUAAAAAUAGAAUUUCUUACACUAAUAUUGUUUAGUAUAUCACAAACUCAAUAUAGAAUAUUUAAAAAAAAAAUUUUUUUUUAAAUAUAUUAAUUAAAGAAAUCAAUUUUUUUCUCUCGAUUUUAAAUCAUUAAUUUUGAAAUUGACCAUUCAUGUCAAAUUGGUUGUCACUUAAAUGAAGUAUCCUAAGUUUAUUUUUUGUAAAUUUAUAAAUUCUUGGCCAUGGCUUUUCAACAUUUAUUUGCCUAUAAGUGACAGCGUACUAUAAAUUUCUGCACCAAACUUCAAAAUUUAUCAAUACAAGAAUUACUAGUAAAUGUAACAAAUACAAAAAGAGUAUACUAUUUUAGAUAUUUAUAAUAAUACAAUAACUACCAUUUAAUUACCUUUAUUUUUUUCCUUGACCAUUUCACUUUUCUCACCAAAUCUCAUGACUCUUGUUCCACGGCUGAAGGAAGCAGUCCAUACAUUAGUGAUUAGUCCUUACUUAGUAGAGCCUGAAGUAGAUCUGGUUAUUUAUAGACUCAUGCAAAAUCUUCUCUGCAAUCACUUUUUUCAGUGCAGCAUAGGAACACAUUGUAUACCAUUAAUUAUCUGUAUUGUGAAACUUGCAUUCAUAUUUGUAUGUGAUUAUUACCACAAAAAAAAGCAACAAAAAAUCUCACACUAUUUUGAGUAGCAUGAUUGGAGCAUGACAGUGUGUUGAUUCAGUAAUUUAGAGAAUAACAUUAUGGCACAAGAAUACCACCCCCACCCCCCCAAACCAAACCCACCCUCUGCUAGCAUGCCUGUAACCCAAACUAAGGGGGACAAGUCUAAUUUUCUCUUCCAACAAGGAGCCGUGUCACAAGUGCUUGACUCCCUUGAAGAGAUCCAGCUCCUGUCGGACUGCGCCCAGAGCCAGCACCACACCAACUUUCUAGAACAAGUCUUCCAAGAUUCCAAACUAGUUGCCUUACUAAAUGUGAGUACCUUGAACUUUAACCCUUAG